CCUAUAUUUUCAGCUAAUCCAAAGGUAAAUGAGGAACUUAGAAAAAGAUUGCCAACUCCAAAUCAACAUAUUUAGAGAGAACUGGAAAAGGAGAAGCUUACUACAGCUUUAUUUGAGGACUUUUUAAAGAAUGCAAGGUUCUAGCUGUGAGCUUCAGAUCUUGGAGCAAAAACCAGAGACAUUGCCAGAACAAAUAAGAACAGAAGUACAAAUGGAGGACUGGGCAAAAGAUGUAGCACAUAAUUGUCUUGAACAAGAGACGAAAGGGAAAAAUGAAAGUACAGAGCCAGAUGAGCAACUGACUAUGAAUUCUGUGGAAAGUGCGCAUCAGAAAUCCAACGACUUAGUUAGUGAAGCCACAUGUGAGGACACAGACCUCCCAGGGCAGAGAUCAAGGAAUUUUCAGAUCAUCAGCCCUGAUCCAGAUGAUGAGACAGCUUCCUGCACUAGUGAAAAAUCCAACAUUAUGGAACAUAGAAAUAAUGACUUGCAUUGUGAAUGUAUGAUUCCUUCUCAAGUUAUUUCGGACUUAAACAAAGAGAAAACAAUAGCAUCUCUUCUAAAAGAAUUGGACAGUCUCAGAGCAAGCAAUAAAAAGCUUCAAGAAAAACUGACUAAAGAAGAUAAGGAACAAAGAAAACUAAAGCUUAAGCUGGAACUGCAAGAGAAAGCAACAGAAGCUAAAAUUGCUGAAAAGACUGCAGCUCUGGUUGAAGAAGUAUAUUGUGCACAGAGGGAACGUGAUGAAGCUAUUAUGGCUAGAUUGCGAUUAGCCAAUGAAGAGAGAGAUGAAGCAAUUGCACGAGCCAAGCAUAUGGAAAUGUCUAUAAAAGCGCUAGAAAAUAUUAACCCUGAAGAAAAUGACAUGACAUUACAGGAAUUACUGAACAGAAUAAACAAUGCAGACACAGGGAUAGCUAUUCAGAAGAAUGGAGCUAUAAUUGUGGAUAGAAUCUACAAGACCAAGGAAUGUAAAAAGAGAAUAACUGCAGAAGAAAUGAGUGCCGUGAUAGAAGAACGGGAUUCUGCUUUGUCUCAGUGCAAACGGCUAGAGCAGGAGCUUCAUCAUUUGAAAGAGCAGAACCAGACUUCAGCAAACAACAUGAGACAUCUGACUGCUGAAAACAAUCAAGAACGUGCUCUGAAGGCAAAGUUAUUAUGUAUGCAACAAGCCAGAGAAACUGCAGUUCAGCAAUCCAAAAAACUGGAGGAAGAAAUCCAGACACUUCGAAUUUACUACAGUUUACACAAAUCUUUAUCCCAAGAAGAAAAUCUGAAGGAUCAGUUUAACCAUACUCUUAAUACCUAUGAAGAAGCUUUAAAAAACAGAGAGAACAUUGUUUCCAUCACUCAACAACAAAAUGAGGAACUGGCUACCCAACUGCAGCAAGCAUUGACAGAACGAGCUAACAUGGAAUUACAGCUUCAGCAUGCCAUAGAGGCCUCCCAAGUGGCUAAUGAAAAAGUUCAAAAGUUGGAAAGGCUGGUGGACGUCUUGAGGAAGAAAGUUGGAGCGGGGACCAUUAGGACUGUGAUCUGACUGAGAAAACGACAGUCUGGGGAAGCAAUCACAUCUGGUGACCAGGCUGCUUCAUUCAACACUGUGUAAACACUAAAGCCUUAACUUAGCAAACAGUUGUUAGAAGUG